UAAGAACAGUCUCAUUUCCGGUACCACCGGAAGCAAUUUGAAAAUGGCGUCUUCCUCGCUGGACAAGCCGGACAAAGCGGCUGGAAAGAGUGAAUUUCGCAACCGGAAGCCAAAACCGGAGAACCAAGUCUGGUUUUACCCAUUUUCUUCGGUGCGAAAAGUAGUUCUAGAUACUAUGAAGAAUAUUCAUCCGAUUUAUAACAUUAAAACCUUAAUGAUUAAAAGAGAGUUGGCAAAAGAUUCCGAAUUACGAUCACAAAGUUGGGAAAGAUUUUUGCCGCAGUUCAAACACAAAAAUGUGAAUAAACGCAAGGAACCAAAGAAAAAAACUGUUAAGAAAGAAUAUACACCAUUCCCACCACCACAGCCAGAAAGUCAGCACAUUAAUGCAACUCUGGACCUGAUUGAGGGCAGUAUGACUGUUUGUACUACAAAGAAGACUUUUGAUCCAUAUAUUAUCAUUAGGGCCCGAGAUCUAAUAAAACUGUUAGCAAGGAGUGUUUCAUUUGAACAGGCAGUACGAAUUCUUCAGGAUGAUAUUGCAUGUGACAUAAUUAAAAUAGGUUCUUUAGUAAGAAAUAAAGAAAGAUUUGUAAAAAGAAGACAACGGCUUAUUGGUCCCAAAGGAUCUACAUUGAAGGCAUUAGAACUCUUAACGAACUGUUACAUUAUGGUUCAGGGAAACACAGUUUCAGCCAUUGGACCUUUUAGUGGCUUAAAAGAGGUGAGAGUAAUUUAUUACCUUCAAUUAAUUUUCAGUAGAAAACAAACUAAUUUGGUUAUAAUAUACAAUGUGAAGAUUGAUAAAGAAUUGGCUAGCGGCGAAUACUUUUUGAAGGCGCAUCAGAAGAAGCGACAGAAGAUGGAGGCAAUAAAGGCUAAACAAGCAGAAGCUCUCAGUAAGAGACAAGAGGAAAGAAACAAAGCUUUUAUUCCACCUAAAGAAAAACCAGUUGUGAAACUUAAGGAAGCUUCCACUGAAACUAAAAUUGAUGUGGCCACCAUCAAGGAAAAGGUUAAGAAAGCAAAGAAUAAGAAACUGGGCGCUCUUACAGCUGAAGAAGUUAAGCUUAAGAUGGAAUCAGAUGAAAAGAAAAAGAAGACAAAAAAGUAAACAAAAAAAUCCCCUUAAGUACAACUUAAGCUAUCUCCUUUUGUAAAGGAUUUUGAGGUACUAGGGCAUUAGUUGCCUUAUUUGUGAGAAGUAGUACUUGGAUCACUUUUUUCCUGAGUUUUAAUAGUGUUCUUUAUACUAGAAAGUGAUAUGUAUUGUAUACGUU